AUGAGCUUGCCAGCUCAAAGUAACCGGAGAGAGAAUCGGUCAAGACUUAGAAGUAAUCCUGUCCAAAGUGGUCGGCGGGAGUGGGUACCACGUGCUCCUGCCUCCAGUUCCGAUGACGCAGUUGCUAACACUGGUACUCCCACCGUCACUGCCACCAUUGCUUCCACUGACAUGGGGCCUGCUGUGAAUGGAAAUGUUACUAAUGUGGGCUCAAAUAGUAGGCCGGUUCCACCGGCUAACAGUAACAGAACAUAUCAGGGAUCGAGAGGCAUCAUGGGUUACUAUCCAAAUCAGAGGAGGGAAAGGGAGAAAGAGAAAAAGAGGGAUCAAAAUCAAGAGGCACAAGGAUCUAAGGAUGUAAAUUUACCUUUACUUGUCCAAGAAAUUCAGGAUAAGUUGAUGAAAGGUACUGUUGAGUGCAUGAUUUGUUAUGAUAUGGUUCGGAGGUCAGCACCAAUAUGGUCAUGCUCUAGCUGUUACUCUAUUUUUCACCUGGCUUGUAUUAAGAAAUGGGCAAGAGCUCCAACUUCAGUUGACUUGUCUGCGGAGAAGAGUCAGGGGUUUAACUGGAGGUGCCCUGGUUGUCAAGCUGUACAGCUCACUUCAUCAAAGGAGAUUCGAUAUGUUUGCUAUUGCAGGAAAAGACAGGACCCUUCUUCAGAUUUAUAUUUGACUCCACAUUCUUGUGGAGAGCCUUGUGGUAAGGCUCUCGAGAAGGAAGUUCCUGGUUCUGAUAUGACAAUGGAGGAUCUUUGCCCCCACACCUGUGUUCUGCAAUGUCAUCCUGGUCCUUGUCCUCCUUGCAAGGCUUUUGCGCCACCGCGGAGGUGCCCUUGUGGGAAGAAAGUUAUCACCACAAGGUGCUCUGAUAGGAAGGCUGUUCUUACUUGUGGACAGCAGUGUGAUAAGCUUCUUGAUUGUGGGCGUCAUCAUUGUAAGCGGACUUGCCAUGUUGGGCCUUGCGAUUACUGUGAAGUCAUGUUUAAUGCCUCUUGUUUUUGCAAAAAGAAAACUGAGGCAAUCGUUUGCGGGGGCAUGUUACUGAAGGGAGAAAUUAAAGUAGAAAAUGGGGUUUUCUCGUGUUAUUAUUCUUGUGAGAAGAGCUUGGGUUGUGGAAACCAUUUAUGCAAUGACCUGUGCCACCCUGGACCAUGUGGUGAAUGUGAGUUGUUGCCAAGUAAAAUCAGCUCUUGCUGCUGUGGUAAAACUAAGUUAGAAGAAGAUAGGAGGAGUUGUCUUGAUCCAAUCCCUACAUGUUCUCAAAUUUGCGGUAAAAGACUGCCCUGCCGGUUACACUAUUGCAAAGACACGUGUCACACUGGAGUUUGUGCACCAUGUCCUGUUCUGGUAGGUCAGAAAUGUCGGUGUGGGUCUACUUCUUUCACUGUUGAGUGCUACAGAACAAUGACCGAGGAGAUGUUCGCAUGUGACAGACCUUGCGGGCAGAAGAAAAGUUGUGGCAGGCACCGAUGCAGUGACCGGUGUUGUCCUCUAUCUAAUUCCAAAAAUCCAGUCCCCAGUGAGUGGGAUACACACUUGUGCGAUUUGCCCUGUGGUAAGAAGUUAAGGUGUGGCCGGCAUUCAUGCCAAUCGUUGUGCCAUAGUGGCCAUUGUCCUCCCUGCCUGAAUACCAUUUUUACUGACCUGUCUUGUGCUUGUGGAAGGACAUCAAUUCCACCACCACAGCCUUGUGGUACUCCUCCGCCUUAUUGCCAGCACCGAUGCUCAGUUCCUCAGCCUUGUGGCCAUCCAUCCUCUCACAGCUGCCACUUUGGUGACUGCCCGCCCUGUACUGUUCCUAUAGCGAAAGAGUGCAUUGGUGGACAUGUAGUACUAAGGAACAUUCCAUGCGGUUCAAAGGAUAUACGAUGCAACAAAAUUUGUGGUAAGACAAGGCAGUGUGGCUUGCAUGCAUGCUCUAGAAGUUGUCAUCCAUCACCUUGUGAUAGUCCUAUUGAAACUAGUGUUGGCAAGAGAGCCUCUUGUGGCCAGCCCUGUGGUGCUCCAAGGAGGGAUUGCCGACACACGUGUACUGCUCUUUGUCAUCCAUCGGCUCCCUGCCCUGACAUUAGAUGUGAGUUUCCUGUUACAAUUUCUUGUUCUUGUGGACGAAUUAGUGCAACCGUUCCUUGUGAUGCUGGAGGCAAUAACGGGGGCUACAGCGCUGACACAGUUUUGGAAGCUUCUUUGGUCCAAAAGUUGCCAGCACCCCUUCAACCUGUUGAAGCAAAUGCAAAAGCACCUCUUGGUCAGAGGAAACUGAUGUGUGAUGAUGAUUGUGUUAAGACAGAGCGGAAAAAGGUUCUUGCUGAUGCUUUUGGUGUUACAACUUCAAACCUGGAUGCACUUCACUUUGGUGAAACUGCAUUUGUUCCUGAGGUGCUUAGUGACGUCAUGCGCAGGGAACCUAAGUGGUUGUUAUCUGUCGAAGAGAGAUGCAAAUAUCUGGUUCUUGGGAGAUGCAGAGGUGGCAUUAAUGCACUUAAAGUGCAUGUUUUCUGCCCAAUGUCAAAGGAGAAGAGAGAUGUAUUGAGACUAAUGGCAGAUAGAUGGAAGCUUACGGUAAAUGCUGCUGGUUGGGAGCCAAAAAGAUUUGUCAUUCUUCAUGUUACACCCAAGUCCAAAGCUCCAGCUCGCCUCCUUGGAGCAAAAGUUGGUAAUACCAAUGGCAUUUUGCAACCCCCAGUUUUUGAUCCUUCAGUGGACAUGGAUCCUAGACUAGUCGUUGCUCUAUUUGAUUUACCUAGGGAUGCAGAUAUUAGUGCAUUGGUCCUGAGGUUUGGUGGGGAAUGUGAGCUUGUCUGGCUGAAUGACAAGAAUGCUCUGGCUGUAUUUAAUGAUCCGGCCCGAGCAGCUACAGCAAUGAGGAGACUGGAUCAAGGUUCUUUGUAUUAUGGAGCUGUAGUAGUUCUGCAGAAUGUGGGAACACUGGCCGUCUCUAGUGAUCCACCCCGAGCAGGCACUACAAUGAGGAGGCUGGAACAAGGUUCUUCAGUAGUUCCUCAGAAUUUGGGAACAGCAUCUGCAUCAAAUACUAGUGGUAUGGGAGGAUAUGGACCUCAUGGAGGGGCAGAUGCUCUUAAGCAAAAUCCAUGGAAAAAAGUUGUCAUGCAGGAACCUGAUGGAGGGGGGAGUUCAUGGGGUGCAGAGGAGGAAUGGGCAAAUAAUGUUUCUGCCACAAACAGAUGGAGUGCUCUGGACUCUGACAGUAGUAGUUCAAGUUUUUCCGCAACUACUAAGCGCAACAAUGAAGGUGCUGGGAACAAACCAAGAACCACUGUGGUGUCAACUUCAGAAACGGGAAACAGUAGUAGUAGUGCAGCUUUGCCAGGGCAGCAGCACGGAGGAGGGGAUGAUGUUGAUGUAGUGGAUGAUUGGGAGAAGGCAUACGACUAAAUUCUUUUGACUAUUUGGUACAGGUCUUAUAGUACAGAUUUUGUGAAACAUUAAUAGAUAAAACUAUGCCUGCAGUGAUAGAUUCAGUAUUAGAUCUCUUUGAAGCUAGUCAUAUCGUAUGCCUCCUAGGAGCUUAAUGUCCUGUAGCAAUGCAAAAUUGCAAAUGCCUGUGUUACUCUGUUAUAGGCCUGUUAAAGUUUAGUGUCGAACUAAUCAAUCUUGCGUUCCUUGAGUCAGCUUUUGUGAAAUGUUUUCAUACCUUUCUAAGCUUCUAGACCAUGAAAAUUUUGUUGUCUGAAUUAUGAAGAUAUUACUUGAACUAGGAAUGCAGAAUAAAUGACCACGUAUUUAUGUGAAGAGCUAACCACCCUCCUUGAAGAAGUCUCUAAUUACAAGCUUGAAGGAUACUUGGUCAGUUGAAGUCCUUCCUAACCGAUAUUAAAGAAGGAUGUGAAGAGGGUUUUGUAAGUUCUUGGAAUUAGGGAUAUGGUGCAUUGAGUUGUUGUCUACUGAUGUACUCUCUCUGUCCUAAAAUUAUUGUCCAGUUUGAGAUUUCACUUUCAGUAUAAUUUAACUAAAACUGAAAACUCAAAUUGGACAAUAAUUUUGGGACGGAGGGAGUAUUUGAUAGGGUUUAGCUUGGAUUAUUGUUGUAGAUGUUGCUUUUAUUUUCUAGUAAUCUAGUUGAGGCUGUCUUGGAGAGAAAACUAGAAAGGAAAUUAGGAUGAUCUUGGGGUGGUUUAUUUUUAUGUGAAAGCAAGA